AGCAAACUUCCGAAAAACAUUUUUAACUUCACCAUCCGAUAUAUCAAUAACACACUUCCAACACGAAAGAACCUAUCAAAAUGGGGACUGUCAUCAACAUUCGAUUGCUCUUUCUGCUCCUCACCUGAAACGCUGCUCCGUGUGGUUGCUGGAUGUAAGACAUAUUUAGACGAAGGCCGGUUUACAUGGCGACACGAUUCUGUUUUAAAUUUCCUCGCAUCCACUCUUACUGCUGUGAAAAAUUCCACACUUUACGCGGACAUUCCUGGCUUUAUGAAUCCAUCUGUUAUCACGGGAGAUCGUUUACUACCUGACCUUCUGCUGGUGACUGAAAACAGAUGUCUAUACAUCCUCGAGCUUACAGUCGGUUAUGAAUCCAAUCUGCAAGUUAACGCCCUAAUC